CUUCCUGAGCCCUCUUCUUGGCAGCUUGGUAGUCUAUGUCCUCAAAAUAUUUAAUGGCUUGGAAUUCCGGCCAGAACCUGUCCACGCCAGGACCAUUCAUCUUGUUGGGCUUCCCAGGGCCGAGGAGCAUGCGCAUUGGGCUCUUCCUGCUCUUCCUGAUCAUGUAUCUGCUUACAGUAGCUGGGAACCUGGCCAUCAUCUCCCUGGUGGGUGCCCACAGAUGCCUACAGACACCCAUGUACUUCUUCCUCUGCAACCUCUCCUUCCUGGAGAUCUGGUUCACCACAGCCUGUGUGCCCAAGACCCUGGCCACAUUUGCUCCCCUGGGCGGAGCCAUCUCCUUGGCUGGCUGUGCCACGCAAAUGUACUUCGUCUUUUCUCUGGGCUGUACUGAAUACUUCCUGCUGGCUGUGAUGGCUUAUGACCGGUACCUGGCCAUCUGCCUACCACUGCGCUAUGGUGGCAUCAUGACACCUGGGCUGGCAACACGGUUGGCCCUGGGAUCUUGGCUGUGUGGCUUUUCUGCAAUCACAGUUCCUGCUGCCCUCAUUGCCCGCCUCUCCUUCUGCGGUUCACGUGUCAUCAACCACUUCUUCUGUGACAUUUCGCCCUGGAUAGUGCUUUCCUGCACGGACACGCAGGUGGUAGAGCUAGUGUCCUUUGGUAUUGCCUUCUGUGUCAUUCUGGGCUCGUGUGGUAUCACACUAGUCUCCUAUGCCUACAUCAUCACUACCAUUGUCAAGAUUCCCUCUGCCCAGGGCCGGCACCGUGCCUUCUCUACCUGCUCAUCCCAUCUCACUGUAGUGCUUAUUUGGUAUGGCUCUACUAUCUUCUUGCAUGUGAGGACCUCGGUAGAGAGCUCCUUGGACCUCACCAAAGCUAUCACAGUGCUCAACACCAUUGUCACACCCGUGUUGAACCCUUUCAUAUAUACCCUGAGGAACAAGGAUGUGAAGGAGGCUCUGCGGAGGACAAUGAAGGGGAAGUGAGUCACUGCCCAUGUACAUCUCCCGCCAGAGGCUGCUCUGCAGGACUGGCAUU